AUGGCCGGGAUUCUCUUCUGGCUGUUGACCAUGACUACCGUCCUCAGCGUAACGUGCAAUGCCCUCAUCAUCUCCGGACGAUCACUGAAAAUGCCGGCCCUCGAGUUCUACGGACGAUCAAUGGCCUCCUUCGUCGCUCUCAUCAUAUGCGCAAUAUACGGCACGAUCGCGUCGGCAUGUCUCAACGUGGUGGGCUAUGGCGGCUUGGGACAAUGGACGACGGCGAAGGCGUUCAAGUACACGAUGCUGCUGUUCACGGGCAUCUGGAUGGAGAUACACGAUGAAAAGGACUGGUUGAACACAACACGCCCUGCUGUCCUUGUGGGCAACCACCAGACUGAGCUGGAUGUGCUCAUGCUGGGACAUGUCUUCCCGCCGUACUGCAGCGUGACGGCCAAGAAGAGUUUGAAGUAUUGGCCGUUCCUGGGCUGGUUCAUGGCGCUCAGUAAGACUGUCUUCAUCGAACGCGCCUCACGCGAACAAGCCGUCGCCGCCUUCGCCAAAGCCGCCGAACAGAUGCAUUCCGCCAAGCAGUCCGUCUUCAUCUUCCCAGAAGGCACCCGAUCCUACUACGACCACCCUGACCUCCUGCCCUUCAAGAAGGGCUGCUUCCAUCUUGCCGUCCAGGCCCAGGUGCCCAUCAUUCCCAUCGUGGUCGCCAACUACUCGAACGUCUUGAACGUCAAGCAGAAGAAGUUCGUUCCAGGGAGCAUACCAAUCAGAGUGCUAGAACCGAUUGAGACGAAGGGCAAGACUAAGGAAGACGUUGAUGCGUUGCUUGAGGAGACGAGGAGCAAGAUGUUGACAGCGCUGAAGGAGAUUACGGCGCAUGCUAGGAAGGAAGGCAUUGCGAUACCAGCUGAGCAGAGCAGUGGACGGAUGGCGAAUGGCGCAAGUACUGGAGUCGACAUCGCGAAGGCAUGA